AGCGCCGGCAAUAAGACCAACCGCUUUGCUAUUGUCCAAGUGGAAAGAGCCAAGUUUAUUAUGAGGACUAUAUGCUCUAGAGACCUCAGGCAAGGCAUCUCAUAGGAGGCUUUUUCAUAAAACUAGGCUCUGCUGGUAGUAAGGAGGCCACUCUCGAAGCAGGCGUUGAGCUGUGCACAUCUCCCCACCACAGGCACCUUCUCCAUAUAUCCAGCUUUUAUUUCAUUUUUUCCACUUGGCUGAGCCAUCCAGAGCCUUUUCAAUGUAUAAAAUGGAAUAUUCUUACCUCAAUUCCUCUGCCUACGAGUCCUGUAUGGCUGGGAUGGACACUUCAAGCCUGGCUUCAGCUUAUGCUGACUUCAGUUCCUGCAGCCAAGCCAGUGGCUUUCAAUAUAACCCUAUAAGGACCACUUUUGGGGCCACGUCUGGUUGCCCAUCCCUCACUCCAGGAUCCUGCAGUCUCGGCUCUCUUAGGGACCACCAGAGCAGUCCAUACGCAGCAGUUCCUUACAAACUCUUCACCGACCACGGGGGUUUAAACGAGAAGCGGAAGCAGAGGCGCAUCAGGACCACGUUCACCAGCGCGCAGCUCAAGGAGCUGGAGAGGGUGUUCGCAGAGACCCACUACCCGGACAUUUACACGCGGGAGGAGCUGGCGCUCAAGAUCGAUCUCACGGAGGCGCGGGUGCAGGUCUGGUUCCAGAACCGCCGCGCCAAGUUCCGCAAGCAGGAGCGGGCGGCGGCAGCGGCGGCGGCGGCUGCCAAGAGCGGGGCGGCGGGCAAGAAAUCCGACGCCUCCCGCGACGACGAGAGCAAAGAGGCCAAGAGCACCGACCCCGACAGCACCGGCGGCCCCGGCCCCAACCCCAACCCCGCGCCCAGCUGCGGAGGCGGCGGCGGCGGCCCCAGCCCGGCGGCCGGGCAGGGCGCGGCGGGUCCCGGCGGGCCAGGAGGGGAGCCGGGCAAGGGCGCGGCGGGGCCGGGCGGGCUGGCGGCGGCGGGGCCGGGGCAGGGCUGGGCGCCGGGGCCCGGGCCCAUCGCCUCCAUCCCCGACUCCUUAGGCGGCCCUUUCGCCAGCGUGCUCUCCUCGCUGCAGCGGCCCGGCGGCACCAAAGGCAGCCUAGUCAAGAGCGGCAUGUUCUGAGCUCGGAGCGAGGAGCGGGGGCUCCGCGGGGCAGAGACCCGGCCGCCCCCCCGGGGACGCAGCGCCCGGCGGCGGGGAGGGCGCCCGCAUCGCCCAGGGCAGGGGGGCGGUUGCUUUAGUUUGGGUUUGUUUGGUUUUUUUUUAAGCUCCUUUUCACGGUCAGCCCGAGCGACGAAAGCGCCUUCUCCACCCCCCGCCCUCCCGCUGCCUCGCACCCCUCGGGGGGGCCGGGUCUCUCCCCUCUCGCCGCCGACGGCUUGUAUUUAUUAAUUAUUAUUAAUUAUUAUUAUUAUACGGUUUACGCAGUUUUUAGGCAUCUCCGUUAGGGUUUUCUAAUUUUAUUUUAAAAGGCACAAACUAUAGCUCUUAGUCGAAUGUCGACAGGUAUGCUUUCCUCUUUUUCUGUGUCUUUCUACAACUGUGUUCUGUGACUCAACUGUAUAGUGUUAAUAUCAGUACAGACUUGUCUAGUUGACCGUAUAAAUAAUGUUUUCCCUUCUCGUAGUCUCUAUGGCGUGUCUUUAUGGAGAAAUAAAGUUCUCACGGGUUCGGUUCCCUUUGCGUUUUGAGAGACCAGGUUCAGGCGAUGAUAUAUAUUUUUGUUAUCGGUUGCAUGUCGUCUCAUUUUUUUUUCCCUACCUGUUGGAAUAUGUUUGUGAGCAUAAUCGUCAUAAAUUAUGUUCAGGGUUUUCAGAUUUAUUUAUAUGUGGUUAAAAUGAAUGCUUCUAUUUAAGAGGGGAAAUAUUUCUACAUGUGCAUAUAGUUUUCCAAGAGUGUACCAUUAAUUGAUUGUUAAUAAUAAAAACUAAAAGCAAAUAUAGCACUGCAGCUCUU